CCAGGUAUCAAAUGGGAGAACACAUCUGACUUUCAGUAACAUUUUGAUGAGGAGAGACUCGGGUAAAACAAAUCUGCAUGUACAGUUACAAAAGGUAUAUAGAAUCCUAAUGUUCCCAGGGGCCAUUGGCCGUGCGCACCUCCAAAUACAGGCCCCGCUGCUUUUAGUCAGCCUGGUGCCCGUGUUCUGUCUUGGCAGUCUUUCUGCUCUGAGGCCGGGAGGAAGCUGGUGGAGACUUGGGGGAGGAGCAGCCCUCAGAGAUGACCAGCCUGGUGGGUGGUGGCCCAGGUGGUUGGAAUUCGAGCCCUGGGGUGGAGUUUGGAGGCCUGGGAGGAGUCUAGGCCGGAAGAAGGCGUCAUUCCAGUGGCCAAGGCAUUCCACGUGAAGGAGGGCAGGGCCCAUCCUGGGGGCCUCAGGGGCUGGGCAUGGUAGGGCUCCAGAGGCUAGGAGGAUCCUCCCAGAGUGGGCUGGCUCAAAGCAGGAACUCUGGGACCUGAGAUCUUUUCCUUUUUCCUUGUAGCUGAGAUCUUUCUGCCUUCCCUGAAGCUGAGAUUUCUCUGCCUUCUGGAAACCCGCUCUGUGGUUACUGGUCCUAGGUACGUCUGAGCCAGGCCCCUCCCCCACACACCCCGUGCACCUCUUAGCUUCUGCCAGCUGCCCUUGCCAUUGGGUCUCAUCCUCCUCAUCUGACCACAUGGCCAGCCUCCUGCCUAGGAAGAGAAGGCAAAGACCUCUCCUCCUCUGGGAUCCUUCUCCCUCCCCAGCUCAAUCUGCAGAGGACCAAGGCCUGGCCCAAGCAGGGAGCCUGGAGCCAGAGGGAAUGGCCCCUGAGAGCCACAGACCCCCAGCCCAGGAGUUGGUGACAUUCAAGGAUGUGUGUGUGGACUUCACCCAGGAGGAGUGGGACCUCUUGGACCAUCCUCAGAAGGAGUUGUACAAGGAAGUCAUGCUGGAGAAUGCCUGGAACCUGCUCUCCCUGGGGCUUCCUGUUCCCAGACAAGAUGUGAUCUCUUAUUCUGAGCAAAGGGAAAUGCCAUGGAUGCUGGAGCAAGAAGGCCUGAGGAGCUGCUGUCCAGAAGGAGAGAUCAGACUUGAAAUGAAAGCGACUCCUGCAGAGCUAAGCUUUUCUGUGGAAGAAACUCUCAAGCACAGAUUCAUGAGUGACAGUCCCUGUGAUUUCACUUCAAGAGAAAUCUGUGCUAUACAUCAGAAAAUCCACACUGGGGAGAAACCUUUUGAAUGUUAUCAUGGUAAAGCCUUCAGUCAACAGACAUCCCUUAUUUACCAUCAAAUUCAUAUUGGAGAGAAACUAGAUGUGUGUCAUGAAUGUGGCAAAGCUUUUAGUGAACACUCAUCCCUUAUACUGCAUCAGAGAAUUCACACCAGAAAGAAAUCUUAUGAAUGUAAUCAGUGUGAAAAGGCUUUUACACAAAAGGUCAGUCUUGCUGUACACGAGAGACUCCACACCAGAAAGAGACCUUAUGAAUGUAAUCAAUGUGGAAAGACUCUUAGAUUUAGGAAGGAUAUUGCUGUACACGAGAGACUCCACACUGGAGAGAAACCUUAUGAAUGUAAUCAAUGUGGAAAGGCUUUUACUCAGAAGACCCAUCUUACUGUACAUCAAAGAAGCCACACUGGAGAGAAACGUUAUGAAUGCAAUCAGUGUGGAAAGACUUUCAGAUGUAGCUCCAGUCUUCCUGUACAUCAGAGAAUCCAUAAUGGAGAGAAACCUUAUGAAUGUAAUCAGUGUGGAAAGGCUUUUACACAGAAGGGGGGUCUUACUGUACAUCAAAGAACCCACACUGGAGAGAAACGUUAUGAAUGCAAUCAAUGUGGAAAGACUUUCAGAUAUAGCUCCAGUCUUCCUGUACAUCAGAGAGUCCACACUGGAGAGAAACCUUAUGAAUGUAAUCAAUGUGGAAAGGGUUUCAGAUCCAGCUCCAGUCUUACUCAACAUUGGAGAAUCCACACUGGGGAGAAACCUUAUGAAUGUAAUCAGUGUGGAAAGACUUUCAUACAGAGGGCCAGUCUUACUUUGCAUGAGAGAAUCCACACUGGGGAGAAACCUUAUGAAUGUAAUCAAUGCAGAAAAACUUUCGGAUGCAGUACCAGGCUUGCUCUACAUGAGAGAAUCCACACUGGAGAGAAACCUUAUGAAUGUAAUCAGUGUGGAAAGGCUUUUACACAAAGGGCCAGUCUUGCUUUACAUGAGAGAAUCCACACAGGGGAGAAACCUUAUAAAUGUUGUCAGUGUGGAAAGGGUUUCAGAUCGAGCACCAAUCUUGCUGUGCAUCAGAGAAUCCACACUGGAGAGAAACCAUAUCAGUGUAAUCAGUGUGGAAAGACUUUUACCGAAAAGAGCAGUUUUACUGUACAUCAGAGAACCCACACUAAAGAGAAACCUUAUAAAUGUAAUCAGUGUGGAAAGGCUUUUACACAGAGGGCCAGUCUUGAUCAUCAUCAGAGAAUCCACACUGGAGAGAAACCUUAUGAAUGCAACCAAUGUGAAAAGACUUUCAGAUAUAGCUCCAGUCUUACUGUACAUCAGAGAAUCCACACUGGAGAGAAACGUUAUGAAUGUAAUCAAUGUGGAAAGACUUUUACAGAGAGAAGCAGUUUUAUUGUACAUCAGAGAACCCACACUGGAGAGAAACCUUUUGAAUGUAAUCAAUGUGGAAAGACAUUCAGAACCAGAUCCAGUCUCGCUGUACAUCAAAGAAACCACACUGGGGAAAAACCCUAUAAAUGUAAUCAGUGUGGAAAGGCUUACCCACAGAGGGCCAGUCUUGACCAUCAUAAGAGAAUCCACACUGGGGAAAAACCUUAUGAAUGCAAUCAGUGUGGAAAGACUUUCACAUGCCGCUCCAGUCUUACUGUACAUCAGAGAAUCCACACUGGAGAAAAACCUUAUAAGUGUAAUCAGUGCGGGAAAACUUUUAGAUGUAGUUCCAGUCUUCCUGUACAUCAAAGAAUCCACAAUGGAGAGAAACCUUAUGAAUGUAAUCAUUGCAGAAAGGCUUUUACACAGAGGACUGGUCUUACUGUACAUCAGAGAAUCCAUACUGGACAGAAACCUUAGGAAUGCAAUCAAUGUGGGAAAACUUUCAGAUAUGGCUCCAGUGUUCCUGUACAGCAGAAAUUCCAAAAUGGAGAGAUAUCUUAUGAAUGUAAUCAAUGUAGAAUGGCUUUCAUAGA